AUGUCUCAUUCCCAGAUACAAACAGAAAACCGAGAACUGCCCUUGAACCAGCCUGAAAACUGGCAAGUCAAGUUCCCUCGGUAUAUGGUGGAACUUCCUGAACAUGUUCACGACGUAAAUGUUUCUUAUAUCGGCAUCCAACCGCGUCAUGAAGAAAUUCCUGUAAGGGGAUCACAUACCGAACUCAAUGCUCAUGUCAGUUCUGCUGCUCAGAGAACAGCCGCAACAAAAAUCGAAGAAUGGAUCCGACAAGGAGCCGGAGAAUUGGCACCAGUUCUAUGGGAGAAGACAUAUGUGGAAGCUGGCUAUGAUGUCCCAGAUACAGAAAUCUAUAUUCUCUAUUGGACUGAUAAAGAUGUCGCCAAGGCAGCCAACAAGAGCUUGAACCUGCAGCAACUUCAUAAAACACUGUCGCCAUCUGAUCAAGAGAUAGUCGGCGUAUGGAGAGAGUCAUUCACAGUCCCCAAACUCAGAUUCGAAACAGUGUAUUCCGGAAACGACUAUCAGCCGGGCAUCGCUUCCCUAGAGGGCGCACAGCAAGUAAGUCACAAAUUCACCGGCUACUGGGGAGCAGCCCGCGACCGAUUUCCAGCAUCAUCGCAUGAUCCUUUUGAGCCAGAAUAUAAACUCAGCACCCCGAACUUUGACAAAGACAACAAAGGCCGUGUCAUUGAGGGAGAAAACAAGGUUUCUGUCCUCCACAUCCGGUCCGGCCAAUACUGGGAGCGGUGCAAAGAGGAUGAAAGGGAAGCAUAUGAAAGCACCCUUGAGCCGGUACUAAGAGUUGGAAUGACCUAUCUGGAAGAGAAUGCCGCGGAAUCGGGUGACAUUGGGCUGCGCUUCUCUCGGAACAUGAUCACAAACCGGCUGCUUCAGGCAGAAGAGGCGCAACAAUUGGCUUCUUUGACUGAGCGACGAAGGCGUGAGACUUGCAGCAGUGGCUUCUUCCGAUCUCUCAAGGACAUUGAGGCGUGGGCUUCCAAGCACAAGUCGCACCACAAAAUCUUCCACGGAGCGCACUCGCACUCCCAGCAAUUUGGCAAGGAGGCGUUCAAGAUGCGCACGUGGCACGAAGUUUCCGCUUUGAAGCCAGGCGAGGUGGCGUUUGAGUACAUCAAUUGCUAUCCUAGGACAGGAUUGAUUCCCUUUUUUGAUGUGUGA